AUAUAUAUAUAUAUAUAGUCGAUCCAAUACAAAAGUUAUGAUACAUCAAGAUCUACUCCAACACAUAGUACAGUUAUCAUUGAAUAUAAUCCCAGUAGAUAGUUCCAAGGUCUGAGAUUUUAGUUUGGCAAAAGUCCAAGUACACACAUUUUUUCCUAAGGUUGAGUAAAGAUGAACUCUAGUUUAGAAACCGACUUACAAGAAAAACCUAGUCCUAGGCAUACUUGUCAUAGAGUCGUUAACUUAUACGUAUCAACUAGCAAAUAAAUAAUAUCCCAAUGUACUAAUGGAACUCCUAAGGAUGUGAUCUUGGAUGAUCUUGCUCUAUUUGUGUUUGAACCUGGUUACUUUUGUUUCAAAUAAUGAAAUAUAAUCUGUGGAAUAUCUCAUGCUAAAAUAUAAAAAUGUAAUAGCUUGACAUUAUUAUCCAUUAUAAUUGCUCUCAGAAAAUCCAACGGAUAUAUAAGGUCCAAAAUGAUCCAAAGUCCGAACUAAGACGGUCAAAUAGAGCAUAUUGUGAUUUGUGACCCGAAAGCGGAAGCCAUAGGGACGUAUUUGCAUGGACCAGGAAGGACCGCGCCAAGGAAACCAUGCAAGGGCAAGUGUACGUUAGGACAUACGUGUCACGCUAGAAGCCAGGCAUGGCACUUGCAGCAGAUUUCAUUUGAUUUUAUUUUUUCUAAAUAGUAUAAAAUAAAUUGUUUGUAUAUAUAUAUUAAAGAUGUGAAAUAGAAGGCAAUGCAUACACGGCACGAGUCUACUUAAUGAGCCACCGUUUGGAUGGCAUUUAAAGAACAGCAGUUGCGAGGGUUAAAAUGGCGGAAAGGUUAAUGAUCUUUGAAUUCGAAUAAGUUAAAUCUUGAGGGUUAAAAUGAAAAUAUUUCCUAUUUAAAUAAUGAGAACAGGAGACGAAAAUUGUAUAUGAAAUGGGAUUAAAUUAAAAGCCCUUUUCCUUCUUCUCGAACUACCUAAGAUUAUACACGACCGUCCCUGUGCUUAAUCUUAUAUAUCGCGAUCCAUUUCGUCCUUCGCUUUCGCUGCUUCUGUUGAUAUUCAUAUUAUUUCAACUUCGACAUUGAAAGGAGAGCUGUUGAAGGUGGAUCGACGGCAUGGAAAGAGGCCUCUUCCUCCCGAUGACCAGCCAGAGGAGGAAGAGGCGAAGGCGGAGGAGGAAGGAGGGAGCGAGCGGCGCGUCGCCUUCUCGUCGGCGCGCGCCGAGGAGGACGCCUUCGCCAUGGUCUCGGCCCUCUCACGCGUGAUCAGCUCCGACGCCGGCGAGGAAGGAGGCGAACCGUCGGCGGCGGGCGGGUCGGCGCCGCGGGUGGCGGAGAGUUCCUCCUCUGCGGUGGAAGCUGGGCCCCACCCAGCCCCAGAAGAAGAUCAAGGGAGCCGGAGGCGACACUACAGGGGUGUGCGGCAGCGGCCGUGGGGAAAGUGGGCAGCGGAGAUACGCGAUCCGAAGAAGGCGGCGCGGGUGUGGCUCGGCACCUUCGACACUGCCGAGGACGCCGCCGUCGCCUACGACGAGGCCGCGCUGCGCUUCAAGGGCACCAAAGCCAAGCUCAACUUCCCCGAGCGCGUCCAGGGCCGCAUCUCCCACCUCCUCGCCGCCCAGCGCCCUCCUCCGGCGCCACCUUCAAUCCCUCCUCCUCCUCCGCCGGUCUCCUACCCGGACCUGCUGCAGUACGCCCAGCUGCUGCAGAGCAGCACAGAGGAAGAGCAAGCGGCGGCUGCCGCGGCUGCUGCGGCGGGGCUAACGUACGCCGUCGGCAGCUCGUUCUCCUCGAGCGGGCCUUCGUUUGAGCCUUACAUGCAAGAGCAGUUCUUGGGCUUCUCCUCUCAGCCUCAUUCUCAAUUCAUCAGUUUUUACUCAUCGCCAUCACCAUCAACUUCAUCUUCCACCUCCUCCUCCUCCUCCUCUUCUUCUCAGUAUAGUAGUUACAGGAGUUCUUUCUCUUCUUCGUCCACCUCCUCCUCUUCCUCUUCUUCUCAGUAUAGUAGUUACAGGAGUUCUUUCUCUUCCUCCUCCUCCUCCUCCUCCUCUUCCAGUACGAGUUCAUGGGCACAUGGCGAGCCAAAGGACAAAGAUAGCAGCAGACAGAGUCGAUGAAUAAUUCUGACAAGUGAUCGAUCGAAGCUACGAUUUAAUUGAGUUGCGUUAAUGUGUUUAUUUUAUUGGUUCAGUGAAUUGUGCUAGUUUGUUUGAUGAAUUCGCAAGUACAGAUGAGAUAAUAAAUUUUGUGAUCGAUAGAAUGCUGCUAGUUUUUUUUUCCCUUCUUCCAUUGUUAUUUGCUUACAUGUGAUAUCUGAGUAAUAAACUUUUGUUGUAGAAA